UGGCAACAACAAACACGGUCGCCUGGAUCAGAAGCCCUAGCUUGUAUUCACCUAAAGAGAGAGAAAAAAGGCUUGCUCCAUCAACCUACCUACCCCCUACAGAAGCAAAUGGAGUUCAAGCCGAAGGCGACCGUGUGCGCGGUGAUGCUGGUGCUGCUCCUGCUUUCCUCCUACGACGGCGCCGGAGUCGGCGUGGCGGAGGCGCGCAUUUGCACGGGGAAGAGCCAGCACCACUCGUUCGCGUGCAUCUCGGACAAGAGCUGCACCAAGACGUGCCUCAGCGAGCACGGCGCAAAAUGGACGGCCGGCUACUGCAAGAUCAGCCGCUGCACCUGCCAGAGGGAGUGCUAGGGCAGAUGCUCCGCGCGCGAGCUCCCCCACCCCCGCCCCGUCCAUGGCGCCGCCACCUAUGUAUCUUAAGUCUUUAACUACCAUGUACCCACUCGCCGCCUCUGUCAGAAGAUGUAAUAAAACGUGGCGCGUCACCGCUGUACGUAGCAUGAUGCAUGCCACGCGUUGCUUCCAGUGACAAAAUCAAUGGAUUUAUCCGUGAAUA